AUGGAAGCAAGGCAUAAAUUGAGCAAACACAGCGAAACAGAUCCUGUUGAUAGUACCGAAUAUAGAAGUAUUGUAGGAAGUCUGAGAUACUUGGUGAAUACAAGGCCAGAUUUGGCAUACUCAGUUGGGAUCGUUAGUCGAUUCAUGGAGAACCCCACAACAGAACACUUUGCAGCGGUGAAGAUGAUUUUGCGGUACAUCGAAGGAACCCUGAAUUAUGGGUGUGUUUACUCAAAGAAGAAAGAGGAGAAGACACAACUAGUCAGGUACAGUGACAGUGAUAUGGCUGGCGACGUUGGUGACCGUAAAAAUACUUCGGGCAUGGCGUUUUUCCUAGGUGGAAAUAUUGUGAGAUGGAUGUCACAGAAGCAGAAGAGCCACAGGUUGUGGCUCUAUUCUCGUGUGAAGCUGAAUACAUUGCAGCAGCUACUGCAGCAUGCCAGAGAGUGUGGCUAG